AUGAGGAGGGUGAACGUGGAAGAUCAACACUUAUUAAUGCAUGACCAGACAGUCAUUAGAAAAGGUCCCAUUUCCUUAACGAAAAAUAGCGCUCUGAGUCUCCCCUGCCAAAAAGAUGGAUUACUCGGAGUGGUCAUAAACCCCAACGAAGUGUUCUGUUCGGUUCCGGGGAGACUUUCCCUCCUCAGCUCCACAUCGAAAUACAAAGUGACAGUGGCAGAGGUGCAGAGGCGGCUCUCGCCCCCCGAGUGUCUCAAUGCCUCUUUGCUGGGAGGGGUUCUCAGAAGGGCCAAAUCUAAAAAUGGUGGCAGAUCAUUAAGGGAAAAACUGGAUAAAAUUGGCUUGAAUCUUCCUGCUGGUAGAAGGAAAGCUGCAAAUGUGACACUGUUGACAUCUUUGGUGGAAGGUGAAGCUGUACAUCUUGCUCGUGACUUUGGUUAUGUAUGUGAGACAGAAUUUCCCUCCAAAGCAGUGGCUGAGUAUUUAACAAGACCACACAUGGGCCGCAACGAAAUGGCAAACAGGAAGAAUAUGCUUCUUGCUGCAAAGCAGAUUUGUAAGGAAUUCACAGACCUCCUCACUCAGGACAGAACUCCUCUUGGAAACACAAGACCUAGUCCCAUCUUGGACCCUGGCAUCCAGGGCUGUUUGACUCAUUUUAGCCUGAUCACACAUGGCUUUGGGAGUGCUGCCAUCUGUGCUGCCAUGACAUCCGUCCAGAACUACCUAAAUGAAGCAUUAAAAAUAGCAGACAAAACAUACAUGAACGCUGGCGACCAGAGUCCUGCAGAAACCAACAAAACCAUUGAUAAAAUGGAUAAGCACAGGAAGUAA